AGGCAAACCUCUUACACAGUCUCCAACUUUUAUAAUCUAAACAAAAUGGGCUCUGGAGGAUUUGGUGAUCGUGGUGGUGGACGUGGAGGAUUCCGAGGUGCUCCCAGAGGCGGUGGCCGCGGUGGCCGAGGUGGCUUCGGAGGUGGUUUCCAACAAGGUCCUCCUGAUGAAAUUGUUCCCAUGGGCAGCUUCAUGCAUGCUUGCGAAGGUGAAAUUGUCUGCAAGUCUAUCAACGCAAAAAUCCCUUACUUCAACGCUCCAAUCUUCAUUGAAAAUAAAACACAAAUCGGCAAGGUUGACGAAAUUCUCGGACCUUUGAACGAAGUAUAUUUCACUGUCAAGACUCAAGAUGGAAUCCAAGCUGGAUCUUACUCUGCUGGUGACAAGUUCUACAUUGGCACCGACAAACUUCUUCCCAUAGAGCGAUUCUUGCCAAAGCCCAAGGUUGUUGGUAAAGGUUAGUGGAAAUUUUCAUACCUAAUUUUUUUUUAUCAUGAAUCAUUUGACACAGACUUACCAAAUAUUACUACUAGCCUCAAAGCCUACCGGUCUUCAAGGCAAGGUAGAAAAGAGAGGUGGUGGCCGAGGAGGUGGCCGUGGUGGCUUCAGUGGCCGUGGUGCUCCCCGCGGUGGAAGAGGAGCACCCCGAGGUGCUUCACGCGGUUUCUCUCGUGGUGCUCCCCGUGGAGGAUCUCGUGGAGGCUUCAGAGGAGGUCGUGGAGGUUUCUAAAGAACUACUACAUACACAAAAAAAUCACCAGCUAAAUUUCAUUUCAAAUUCGUAAAUAAGAUCAAUAAAAUUUCAUCCAAAGCAGCUCGCAUCAUUUAUAUAUGAAUGU